CAACGGGCGAAUCAUGGAGACUUCGACGCUCGAAAACGUGGCACUGGAUGGAAAAGUAUUGACGCGAUGUGUCCUCAUUGUGUAUAUAUAGGGGUGCCUGUGUCAAGAAAACACUGCAGUUCUUCGUUGAGCAUCUGUAGGACAGCAUCAGGUGGAAGGUACCUGUCCGGUUGAAGUUUCUUCUGUGGAGAUCAGUGCGUUUGAACUUUGGAAACAUCUAAUCUUGCUGAUUAUAAUCGAGUUGCUGAUCGUAUCAGAAAAAUGAUUCCACUCAUCGUGUAUUUUGUUGCUCUUGUGACGCUGUCCUCCGCCCAAUUUCAACCACAACCCAGCGGUCGGAUUCUGGAAUCGCCGAAUCCAGCACUUUGCGCACAAAGGACCAUCCAUGAACGAUUCAAUGGAAAAGGCUAUUAUUUUUCGUGGGCUGAUCCGAGAACGGCCGGACAAGAAGUGGACUGGUUAUCGGGUAGAAACUUUUGCCGACAACGUUGCAUGGAUCUAGUUUCAUUGGAGACCUCCGUGGAGAAUGAAUUGAUCAAGAGCCGCAUCGUUCAAAACAAGGUGAAAUACAUCUGGACUUCCGGUCGCCUCUGUGAUUUCAAAGGUUGUGACAGGCCGGAUCUGCAGCCUCUUCAUAUUAACGGUUGGUUCUGGACCGCCGAGUUGCAGAAGUUAGCACCCACCAAUGAUCGCGGUCAAAAUGAUUGGUCCGAGAGCGGCGGUAUCGGCAAACCACAGCCUGACAAUCGCGAGGCCAUUCAAGGCGGCGCUCCCGAGAAUUGCUUGGCUAUCCUCAAUCAAUUUUACAAUGAUGGAGUGAACUGGCAUGAUGUGGCAUGUCAUCAUAAGAAACCAUGGGUCUGCGAAGACAAUGAGUCUCUCCUGAGAUAUGUUCGGUUUACCAAUCCCAACAUUCGCAUAUAAUGGAAAAGAAACUUUGUAAAACAAUAGUUUCACUUUUGUUCAAAUCAGUUUUAGCACCUAUAAUGUUACAAUAUUCAAAUGUGUAUCUACGCCAGAGAAGCGACUGAGUAGCAUAUAGAACAUCUUAUUUAUUACUAUUAUAUAUAAUAUUAUAACAUCUCAUACUCAUUAAACCUCACAUAGUAUGAAUUAUUUAAUUAAACUUAUAGGCAUUAUUUGAGUUCAGGAAAUAUUACUAUUUAUAUUCUUAGAUAUAAAUCCCUAAAGAUAGAUGGGAAAAAUUAGAUAAAAUAGAAACUAUAGUUUCUAUUAUCACACAUACAUUUCUUAGAUUAUUAUAAAAAGAUGUAUGAAAUAACUACAUUUCUAAAAAAUACUAAUUGAUCAAUCCAGAGUAGCAAUAAAUUCGUAAAUAAUAAAUGA